AUGGGCACGGCGGAGCAGCAGAAGGAACACUCCGGGGUCUCUGGGUCCUCCAGCCUGGAGUGUGGGGACGAGACCGGGGGCGUGCGGGCCCCCGUGUCCCGUGGGUCGUCUACGGGUGGGGCUGCCGCCGCCACCUCCAGUGCCAGCGGUAGCAUCGGCAGUGGCAUCGUCAACGGGGGCAGUCGGCGCGGCCGGGCGUCGCCCACCUGCGCCCUGGGCCGCGUGCCACUCACCAGGCUAUGCGAGGAGAAGCGCGCCAAGCGAUGCAGGUUUUAUCGUAAUGGUGACCGGUGGUUCGGCGGCAUGGUGGUGCCGGUGGGCGGGGACAAGCACCGCUCGUGGGAGGCACUGCUGGCGGACCUCACGCGAGUGCUGGACCACCCCAUUCACCUGACAGCCGGCGUGCGCCACAUGUUCGGCCUGGACGGCACGCGCGUCACGCAGCUGGAUCACAUCAUCGAGGCCGGCGAGUACGUGGUCUCGUCCUCUGAAGUGUUCAAAAAACUAGAUUACACCCGCGCCCGCCUGCCGCAGUGGCGCGCCCAUGCCAAGCGCAACGAGGCGCUGCACGUGACGCCGCGCACCGCGUUCUCCUCGCCGGUGUCGACGCCCGGCAGCGAGACGCUUCCCAGCCUCCCCGGCAGCUCCACGCCCACCGACUCCCCCAAAGACUUCAUCCGCCCCAAGCUGGUGACGGUGAUCCGGAACGGCGUGCGGCCCCGCAAGGCGGUGCGCAUCCUGCUGAACCGCCGCACGGCCCGCAGCCUGGAGCAGGUGCUCUCUGAUAUCACACAAGCCAUCAAGCUCGACUCCGGCGCCGUCAGGAAGGUGUUCACCCUGGAUGGCAGACAGGUCGUCAGUCUUCGGGAUUUCUUCUUCGACGACGACAUUUUCAUCGCCUACGGGCCCGAGAGACUCUCCCAUGAUGACUUCGACCUGGACAAUGAAGAGUGCAAGACCAUCCAACCCCUUGUCAAGUGCCCCCUCAGUCCCCGCCGCCCUCGCCGCAUGCCUUCUCCCAAGCCACGCGGCCGAGCUGUGUCGCCUCUCGCCAUUUAUGACGGCCCAGGCAGUUUACCACGGUCACCCCGGAAGCCAGCUGGUCACCAUCACAAACGGCUGAGUCAACCCAACACACACACCUAUCAGCAGCAACAGCAGCAGCAGCAACAUCAUCACCACUACCAGCACAAUGGCCAUGUAGCAUGUGGUGGCCUGGAAAACAUCAUCUUCCCAUCCUGCGUCACCACAAAGUACUCUGUGGGGCGCAUCCUGGGUGACGGGAACUUUGCCGUGGUGCGGGAGUGUGUGUGCCGCAAGACCAGGGAGGAGUACGCCCUCAAGAUCAUAGACAAGACCAAGUGCCGAGGGAAGGAGCACAUGAUUGAGAGCGAAGUGUCUAUACUGCGGCAGGUCAGCCAUCCAAAUAUAGUUAGUUUAAUUGAAGAAUUCCACACACCCACUCAACUCUACCUCGUCAUGGAACUAGUCAAGGGUGGCGACCUGUUUGACGCCAUCGCCAGUGCCACCCGCUACACUGAGAAGGAUGCCAGCUCCAUGGUGCGUGACCUCACCUCCGCGCUGGACUACCUGCACCAGCGAUCCAUUGUACAUAGAGACAUUAAGCCUGAGAAUCUCUUGGUGGUGGAGUAUCCUAAUGACAGCAAGAGUCUCAAGCUGGGUGACUUUGGCCUGGCUGUGGAGGUGACUGAGCCGCUGUACACUGUGUGUGGCACCCCGACCUAUGUGGCUCCUGAGAUCCUCAAUGAGUCUGGGUACGGCCUCAAGGUUGACAUCUGGGCAACAGGGGUCAUCACGUACAUUCUUCUCUGUGGGUUCCCGCCAUUUGUCUCUGCCACAAAUAAUCAGGAAGAAUUGUUUGAACAAAUCCUCCGUGGAAGCUACGAGUUCCACAGCCCCUACUGGGAUGACAUCUCUGACUCUGCCCGUGAGCUCAUCGUGCAGAUGAUUCAAGUGGAUCAAGAUAAGCGUUUUAGUGCUCAAGAAGUGCUCGAUCAUCCCUGGGUGUCCGACGACGAGGCUCUUGACCGCAACCUCCACCUCCGAGUGUCUCAUAAGCUGGACCUCCACUUUGACACCAACGGGCCUCAACACAAGGCAGCAGGAAUCACUCUGAUGGCUGUCACUGCCCUGGACAAGGAGAAACACAGUCUUUGUCGGGAGAGUGAGUUCAAGGACCCUACCAGCCCUCCCUGCAGCCCAAGACUCUCCCUCUUCACUAACAGCAGCCAGGUCUUCUGAAGGGCUUCACUCAUGCCUUCUGUGGUGCUUUUAUGGCUGUUAUGACAACUCAUCAUCACUGUCAUCAUCAUCAUCAUCACUAUCACUCAUGUCCUUAUCUGUGUGAAACAUUGAUCACUGAAUUUAUCUUUUUUUUUUUAAAUGACCACAAUGAUUUAUGAUGAUUAAUACUGGAAUCUCCCUUUUAAUGAUGUUUUUAAAGAUGUUGAGCUAUUUUUUCUUUAUUAAUUGCUGAUAAUAUUGCAAGUCAAGAGGCAAGGAUAUGGGCAUUGUUUUCCUCUUGGGUGGAUGGGCUUUGAUAAUGUGCAGAGAUCUUGGUCUGCUGAAAAUUAAUAGUCAGUCACCUCUAAUGAAAUCGCCACCAGACAGCAAACACUGUAUACAAAGUCCUCACACAACUAGUAUUCAGGUUCUUAUAAUUGAUCUCGCCAAUGAUCAUAAUGCAUAAUUGAAGUCUGAGAAUGUAUCCUCCUCUUCAGAGCUUGGUUAUAAGGUGCCAGGACACACGACUGCCUUAACGUGCAUGAAUGAGAAACAUGCAGAGACACGGUGCUCAAUUGUGACUUCACUCUGGUGUGCAUUAUUCAUACUCUUACAUCACCUUCCCAUGUCUUUCAUUCCAAGGUUGUUUACUUAAUUUUCCAGUAAAUUUUGGUGAAACUGAAGCAGCUGUCAGGGUUAGCAGUCAAGCAACCUGUCAUACUUCUACUGUGUCUAGCUAGGAAUCUCUCAGUUGUAAUGUUUCAUAAAGAGAUCAUCAGCAGAUCAGGUUAAGAUGAGGAGAAACAAUAAUAGGAGUGACUGUGGUAUGUUACUUGAUUUUUAACCAUGACUCUGCUUCCUCCGAGUUUCCUGGUCUUGAACUUGGGGAUACAUUUCAGACUUGCCAUCUAUUGAGGAAAUACUUGUACCAAACAGUGGGUGGUGCAGAUGAGGACUUUUGUUAUCAUUGGUGAAUGGCUGUGCGUUUGGUUGGAAUAUAUGAUGGAGAUGUAUAUAUAUUUUGUGGUUCUCUAAUAGGACAAUGACUACUUGAGAUCUUUGUUGUGCUUGUGGCUUUACAUCCUUAGUUGAGAGGAGAAGUGGGUGGUUGUAGCCAAGGUGGUGUGUGCUGUCUUAUCCACCAGUAAUGUCCCUCAAUUUGUAUCUUAGCAUCCAAGGUGAGAAUUGUCAGGCAAAUAUUUUUAUGCAAUACUUAAUCAUUGUAGUUUGUAUUUUUGUAGUAUGGUUAUGAUUUAUUGCUGUAUCACGAUCUGAGUUUUCACGAUUCUUAUGCCAUUGUUUAUUCAUGAUAGAAAAUAUAUGUAAAUUGACUACACAAAAUUUCAAUUUCCUGAAGAUUGUUUCCAUCAUCAGUAGCAUUAACAAUAUGAAGAGAAUGUAGCCUUAGCAGAAUUAUAUUUACUAGAAUUCCUUUCAUAAUGUGACAUAAGUAUUUUAUAUUAAAUCAUAACCAAACAAUUGGUGGAAAGUUG